CUGCAGAGUUCGUGCGCUCACCCUUCAUCUCCAUUAUCGUCACCUCCUCUGCUUAGAUGGCAUGCCUCUCGUCUCUCGGGAUCUCAGGACAUUGGACCUGCUGGGUGUAAGCCUCCGAGGGACCUUUCUUGAUUUCUCUGGCUGUCAAGCGUUGGAGGAUCUCAAGAUGGACAGUUGCCAGAUUGAUGUUGACAAGGUCUCAUCUCUCUUACACUAGGUCGCUUUGAGUGGGGCACUCCUUUGUUUGAAACCAUGCCACUGUUAGAAAUUGCAAAUGUGGAACUUGGGCGUUCUUGCUGCGGUGUCUGUCAUCUUCUCUACAAAGCGGAUAUUUUUGGUGGUGACUGUCCUAGUUGUGUGUCUUGUCUUGCUUACGAAGAUGGAAGCAGCGAUACCAUGCUUCCUGGGGCUAUCUAUAAUGCUAAGCAUCUCGAGUUGAUAUUUCCAUUAGGAAUGGUGAUUUUUGCAAGUGAUUUGAAAAGUUGCCCUACAUUUAAGAAUUUAAAGACUUUAUUACUCAGUGACUACUGGUGCGCGGGUCCUGAUUAUGCUGCACUGACUUGCAUUCUCAAACACUCCCCAGUUCUAGAGAAGCUCACUCUUCAGCUUGUUUCCCAGGGACAAGAACAUCAAGUGGAUAUUAAAAGAGAGCUAUAGUUCAAUGGAGAGAUCUAUUGAAAUAUCGAAACACAUAAAGUUAGUUUGUGUCAAGUAUAAUGUGGUGGAUGAUAGAGUUCUCCAACUUUUGAAGUUCCUGUGCAAAUU